AUGGAGGAGAAGUCGAAAAGAUCACGUCCAUACGAGGAUGAUGAUGAUGAUGAUGAUGAUGAUGAUGAUGAUGAUGAUGAUGAUGAUGAUGUAGUGGAGAUUAAGAGACCGAUUGAGAGACCAAGAAAACCGCGCCAUCUUUUUGCAUUGCCAACAAAAUUGUACUGUUACAAUUGCAUAUUAUCGGAAGAUGAUGAGGAGAGCAACAAAGCCGAUCCUCUUCCCCAAGGCAAGUACAGUGAGUUGUUCAAUCUCGUCCCUCAUGUUCGAAUCAACUUCCGAGUAGAUUACAUUCUCCAAAAGAGAGUUGGCGGCCACAUUGUUGAGGAGACGCUUUGUUCGACCCAUAGACGCUUCUACAUACGCUUGUUUCUCAUCACUCAAUACGAUUUCUACAUGCAUAUGAUCUGUGUUCCCGAUGAAGAUGAAUACUGCCAGGUGAGGAGUGGGCUCGAGUACGACAUUCACCACCCGGAAACCUUUCUUUUCAAAUUCCUCAGCUGUCACGGAGUCAAUGAUGAAGCUGUUAUCCAUAAAUGGGUGGACGACACCAAAGAUUUUGUCACCAAGCUUAAAACCAAGUCAUUUGAUAUGACUGGGUCUAACCUUAGAGUUUACCCCAUCGCUAUGCAUAUCAGACUCUACACAAAGCAACAGGAAAACGAGACCAUUGAUGAUGCAAGAAGGCGGGCCAUAAUGCCCGACUCUUCGCGUGUGGAGCUUGGGGAUAAGCUCAUUAAGCUUCUCUCCACUCCUCCGCCUUACAAGUUUCUGAUACAAUUAAAAAACGACAGUCACCGAAUGAACUGCGGUACUUGUUCGGGCAAGCUUCGUUUUCAAGACUUCAUAUUUUUCUUGCCGUGCUCUCAUGCCUAUCAUCAUUCCUGCCUAGCUCAUUGGGCGAAACAGAAAAUACAAUGUCAGGUGUGCCUUGAGUACGUGGAUUUUCGAACUUUUCUUGAGUGUGCUGUCUUUCGGACUAAAGACCUCAACUAG